AUGAAUGUUUGUGCCAUUUUGGCUGCUGUGAGACAGCAAAUAUCGGCAUCCAUUUUGCCAGAGAGCAAGUGGGUGAUAGCUACCAUCUACGUUGUGGCACUUCUCUUAUUGAUUAUACGUCUGUAUACAGGUGAACCAUAUCGCCGUUUGUUAUCGCAAGGUGCUAGUGUUAAUCGAUGGGACCCGUAUGGGACGGAUUUCUAUAUGCAUAACAAUCUAAGGAUUAGCUUGCGUAUGGUUGCGUUGAUUACAACGCUCCUCACGAAUCUGCUGCCACUGUUGCUGCCACUGGUUGUGAGCUCAUUCUUCAAUCGUAUGCAAUUGCAACAUGCUGCGCAGCAAAAUUAA